UUCUAUACGAAAUAUACUUGAUUUAUACAGAAAAAAUGUUGUACAACAUUUUUAAAAUCGGAUUAGUUUUUUGGGCGGUAAAAAUGGUAUGGUGUGGUCGUACUCCCCAGAUGGCCACUAGUGUACUAGAAGAUUUUCCGGCUGAUGUCAAUAUACAGCCUUUUGUAAAAGUCGGCAAUACAUUUUAUUAUUUCGGCCAAAAUCAGGUUAGUUGGUAUAAUGCCUUCUUGAUCUGCCGUACUCUAGGCGGUUUUCUGGCCUCUUAUGAUUCAGCCCAAGAAUUAGCUGAUUUAUCCAAUUAUUUGAUUUCGAAAUAUCCUUUAAAUUAUUACUGGUGGUUGUCGGGUUCCGAUCAAGAUGUCGAGGGUAAAUUCUUUUGGUAUAAUACUGGUGAAGCGAUAAAAUAUGCUGAUUGGUCUGCUGGUCAACCGGAUAAUAUGGGCGGCAAUGAGGAUUGUGUACAUUUAUGGCAUCUAACGAAAAAGUAUCAGAUGAAUGAUGCGAGAUGUAAUAUGGCUAUGAAUUAUAUUUGUCAAGCUGAUAAACCUACAACUAUAGCUGUUAGUAUAUUUUAAGAAAACGAUGAUUAAUAAAAAGUUCCAGUGUUAAGGAAAAUAA